AUGAUGCGCAGCCGACAUAUACCUUUCUUACGGUAUGUGCCGCGUACAGCCUCGCCGCGCCGUCUCCCUUCACGCGCUGCCCAGCAGCGAACAUGGGAGCGCAGAUCUUGGUGCAUGUCGAGAGUACCAUAUCCACCGAGCUUGCAUGCAUCUAUUCAUACGACAUGUAUCGCAUAUGAUAAGCAGUCAAAUAUGAAUAUGCACGCAUGCCUUGAUCCGCUCGAGAUGGAUCAAGAGGCGACGAGCCAAGCCGUUCAUACACAUACCCUCAUCUCAAAUAUGAAUGCGCUGGCGCUCGUUUUGCAAAAUAUUCCCACUGUAUCGAAAGAUCUUUGGAACCAAUUGGUUCAUUUUUACCUUGAUGCCAUGCAGAGGAUGACUCCGAGUGCGGCAUGUGAAGUGUUUUGUACAUUGGCUGAGCUUACGGAUAAAUCGCAGCCCAUCGACGAAAGCACGCGCGUGCGUGUAUGCAACGAAGGUAUUCGUGUUCUCACAUACCACAUUGAAAAGAACCAGGAUACUAUCAACAAGCCUACACAAGAUACCUGGCGUGCUGUUCAAGUCCUAGGAAGACCCCGGGUCCAAGAUAUGACCUGGUUUUUUCGAAAGCUCGUACUUCAGAAUAAGCUGUCGGAAGCCACAUUUUUUCUGUCUGAUUUCAUCAAGCAGAGCUGGCACCAUGACACGACGCCGCCAUCCCGCGCGUUGAUGCACACGCUCAUGAUUCAAAUGUUACUGGUAAAACGUGUGAUUCAACUGAAACCAGCGCCCAUGGAAGGGCAUUUCUGUGCAUCACGGUCACUCUACUAUCAGUAUGCAGAUGCACUUGUGCGUCUUGGCGAACUUCUGGAGUACAAUUACUUGCCCCUCGUUCCCACCCACAAAGAAGAUAUUACUUGGCUCAUUAAGCUGUUGACGACAUUUACCAAAUUGCAGCAUGAAUCAGCGUGCUCCAAUCACUUCCGAAAGCGGAUUGCUUCGGUCCUGGAAGGAUUCAUCAAUCAUCUACCUUGUGGCCGCGCUGUGUCGGAAACAUCACACCAAACAGGUCCAAAGCGCUCCUGCCGCCUGGAUCGAAUGACGCACUUUACGCCUGUCCUUACAGAACGCGCAUACAAUGUACUUUUAUAUUAUACUUUGUAUAUCAUCAAAAAACGCACGUGGUGUCAGAUGGUACUGGAUCAUAUGAUACAGAAGCGGAGUCCUUCGGUGGCACCUGGUCUUGUGACGGGUAAUAUCUUGCUUCAAAAAUCGACACGACUACGAGACGCAAAAAUGGGCGGCAUUUCAGCCGAGAUCGGGAUGUCGUGGAGAGAGCCGAGCACGCAAGACGACACCGAAAAAAUGAGGCAAGAGCGUCUCUUGGCGCAUUUGGAUUGUGCCAUCAGCGACAAUAAUUCAUAUCGCGCCUACGCUUUAAUACAGCAUAUCGCGCACACACGAAUGAAAAACAGAAGAUGGGCGAACGGUUUCCGCGCGACAAGCGUUGUGUUACGCAUGUACCCCGAAUUGCGUAACAAUCGACCUCGUGAGAGGAUCCCGUUCAUGCACCACUCUCAAUUUUAUAUCUUGGCUAUGUGUCUUGCUGUACGUGCAGGAAACAUGCUCCUCAUGCUUCGCGUCUUCCAUCUGUGCAAGCUUUCGUGCAUUUUUCGGGGAUGGCAGGUGCCAGAGACAGUGGCCAUGAGGUUCAUGUUGCUUCUUGCACAACACGUUACAUACCAAAGGCGACACACGCACGAGCAUCUGGAAACGACCAAGGAGAUACGCGCUAUCGCAUUGGAAGAAUACACAUGGAUUAUGCGACACAGUCGCCGGAUAGGAAAACUGCCACCCACCAGCAUGUACGAGCCCCUUUUACGUUUUUUGUACCAAACAGCACAUGCCGUGCCCAACUCCAACCCGGACGUGCUUCGCAUAAAGAACGACAUGAAUGCGAUGAAAUUGGCUAAACAACCUACUUCACGCGAAGGAACCCACGAAAAAGAUGCUUAA